AGCGGCGGUGACCAACGACACCCACGGGCCGGGUCGAGGGAAGGGGCAGCGGCGCCCCCUGCAGCUCCGCUCCCUCCCGUCUGCCCAGAGGGGGCCGGGCUGGCCCCCAGCGGCGGAGGAUGGCCGAGGACUCGCCCAAGCGGCGCAAGGCGAAUUUCAACGAGGCGGAGACGGAGGUGCUGAUCGAGCAGGUGCUGAAGCACGAGCAGCUACUCUUCGCGGCCGGGCCGGGCCGCGCCUCCCCAGGGCAGAAGCGGAAGGUGUGGGAGCUGAUCCGGCACAAGGUGAAUCCUGUGGCCGCCUGCCCCCGCGACGUGGAGGAUCUGAAGAAGCGCUGGAGGGACCUGAAGCGCCGCGACCGCAGCAAGCUCUGCCGCCUCUCGCAGGGCUGCGGGCCAACGGGCCCCGCCGCCGCCCUCGGCCUCCUCCUGGCCCCCGAGGAGAUGCCGCCCGCCGCCGCGCCGCCCGCCCGCCGCCGUCAACACCAGCGCGCCUACGGCUCCCUUUUGCCCGCCGAGGCCGUGCCCAUCGUGGGCGGUAUCGACACGCUGGAGUUGCCCGGCGCCAUCGUGGGGGACAUCGGGUUUAAUGAUGAUCCUGGCCCUUCUCAUCAAUCCAGUCUGCAGAAGAUGAAUCUCAAAGAAGAAAUAGUAGUGAAAGUGGUAGAGCCAGAAGAAAGUUCUGAGGACAUGGCAGUGGUUCCACCUAGCCAAGAGCAACAGCCUUUUCUGGGGACAUCAAGUGGUGGUUUCUCUGGGAAAGUAAAAGCCAAAACAAAAGCCAAGACCCAUGUGGACCAAAAUGAAAUAACUGAAGAGGACCUACUGCAGAUUCAGCAGACCCAGAUGCAGGUGAUCCAGUCUGGCUUUGACAGUGUCAACCACAAUCUUCGGCUGCUGCAGCAAGGCAUGCAGGAUCUGAGUAACAGCCUCAGCAUCAUGGCACAUACACUUGUUGCUAUCAAAAAUGUCUAUGUGAAAAACAACACUGGUCCAACCACAUAUGCCACCACCUCUACUCAGACCGCAGCUGGGUACCUGAGCCCAGGUUCCCCGCAGGUCUCCCCUGCUGAGGACAGAGGUAGAAUGCAGGUGGCUGGAAGCAGCAGCAGAAGCAGCAGCUGCAGCUCCAGCUCUCUGUCCCAAGAACCAGGUCCUUCUGAGUUUCCUAGGCGCCCUGUGAGAACCAUUAAGAAAGAACAUCCAAAUGGCUGCUACUACUUCUGCUUUGCAGAUGUGUAAAAAUUUGAAUAUAUGUAAAAUGACUGUGGUGUUAGGUGCUGUUGUAUGUUCUGCUCCAGCCUAAAACUUUGAUGGAGCAAAGGGGACUUGCCUACCAUGUUUUUCCCAGUGGGAAACAUUUCACUAUAGGUGGCAUUAAACACUAAUCACCGAUCUUCUGUUUGUUAACUGUGGUGCAGUUGACCAGCAAUUUUCUUCUGUUUUAUCCUCCCUCUUAAAAAACAACCAACCAAACAUUUAUUUUGACUAAGACCUUUGUCCACACCAUCAUUUGUUUCAUGUGACCUUUUGAAAAAUAAAAGGCAUGAGAGUGGGGUAAAAAAAAUUAACAUUAUGGUUACUGGCUGGCAGGAGUUGUCUAACACAAGUUGCUUAGCUUUUUGAUUAAACAAGCCUCAGAUGUAGUUGGAUUCAUUUAAGUAGUUCCUUUGUCUAACAAUUACAGUGGCAGGGGUGUUUGCUUGUUUGUUGUUGUCAGAGCUGAAAAAGGCAUCUCAGGAAGAGUGUGACAUACCUGCUUACUCUAGGAAUGUUUUAGGCCUUGAGCUGUCGAUUCAUGAAUGUGCUCCUCAGAAUUCUUAACAGCAUUGUUCCAUUUGGCUCUUGUUCAUUCCCAGUUUGUGAAACACCUCCUCAGAGGCAUUCUGGUUUACUGUGCUAGCACGGGAGGCUCGCUCUUGUCACAUGAUUAAAACAGAAAUGCUGCAAAAAAUAGUAAUUGACAAGUGAUGCCUGUUUUUGACAUGAAAUCAUUUUCCCCAUGUGAUUUGCAAGCAGGCUGCAUCUUAAGCAGCUUCUUGCAAGCCUGUAAUAGUUUAUGAAGCUUUCCUCUUCAUCUGUGAGAGAGAGGAGUCAAAUCCUCCCUUCUCAACCAGAUU